AUGCCUGGAUGGUUUGUGAUAAAGCAUGGAGAAGUGGACACAUCUAAAGAUUUUGAUAUCGUCAAAGAUGGAGCAGUUUCUGUGAGCGUCUCUUUGGAUGGAGAUCAUAUAUGCCUCAAUGGACACUCGGACAUGUUCAUCGUUCCCGAAUCGUUAUGUAACUUCGAAGUGAGCUCAUUCGUCCCGAAAGACAUUUGUGAGACGCUCCAAACCAAAGGAUUACACACUUUACAAGAAUUGGAGGGAAACUACCGUAUCAAAAUCUCUAUUGCUUCCGAGGGCAAAAAAAUUGUGGAAUUCGCACUUCCAACCGGAUAUAAAGAUCUCAAAAUGGGCAUGAGUGAAUCAGAUGAUGAGGAUUAA